AUGGGGCUCGAGAUGGAGGUCAUGUCUGAGGCUGCUCCUGCGGCGGCGAGGGAGCACGGGUUGGAUAUUUACCCGCUCACCCGCUACUACUUCGGCGCCAGGGACGCCGCCGCCGGCGUGCCCCGCGGCCUGGAGACCGCCGCUGACCGCGCGCUACGGCUCAAGGCAAACUUCGCGGCGCACGGGCUCCGCACCAGCGUCCACGGCGUCCUCCUGGUGGAGCUGUUCGAUCACCCGCACCUGCUGCUGCUGCAGGUCCGGAACUCCUCCUUCCUGCUCCCCGGAGGCCGCCUCAGGCCUGGCGAGGAAGAGGUCCAAGGGCUCAAGCGCAAACUCUCCAGCAAGCUCUCCUUUGUCGAUGAUGACCAGGCCAUUGAAGAAGAGGAUGACUGGCAGAUUGGAGAGUGCAUCGGAAUGUGGUGGAGAUCUGAAUUUGAGGCCAUCCCAUUUCCAUACAUGCCUCCAAGCUUCCGUGCACCAAAGGAAUGCAUCAAGCUGUUCCUGAUCAGGCUGCCGAUGUCUCGGCAGUUCAUCGUGCCCAGGAACAUGAAGCUCCUGGCCGUGCCUUUGUCCCAGAUUCAUGGCAAUGCUCAGGUUUACGGUCCAAUUAUAUCUGGCAUUCCGAAUCUACUGUCCAAGUUCUCCUUCAACGUCAUCAGUGACUGA